AUGCCUUUUUAUAUUUAUGUCAUUCCACGUGAUAAUAACCAUGAAAGUAGAUAUAUUGCCGAUGAAUGCACGGUAAAUCACUGGUACAAUUCCGUAUUGAAACUAAAAAGAGACAAUCCUGGCGAAGGAAAAUUCAGUAUUGAAAAGGUAUCACCGGAAUGGUAUACCUUACAAACUUCUGGUGACGUCCAAUCAUUUAUUAAGUCGGUUCAUGAUAAUGAACUAAAAGAAUAUAGGUCUAGAUCUUUUUGGUUGUUGUUGGACGAUUCUGAUGGCAGAAACAUGCCAAUAAUUCCUAGACAGACAUUUUUACCAUGA